GAGGCGGGGGAUUGCGAACACACUCCGACUGACUGGAGGUCUGCUGCGGAAUAGGUCGGAGCAGCCGACGCUGAAAUAGGUGGGAAAAGUUGCUCCUAACUACCUUUUUCGGUCGACGCAGAACACAGAGAGACACCACUGGAGUUUUUAAAGCCAAAAGUUCCCCCCCCAGUCGGACAUGAGGAGCCCCCCAGGCCUGGGUCGCUGAGCAGCUGAGGUCAGAGUUCAAGUGUUCCAGCAGUCAUGGCUGACAGGGAGGGGCUGCCCAUCGCCCCGGGCCAGAUCUACAUCGAGGUGGAGUACGACUACGAGUACAAGGCAAAGGACAAGACGGUGAUCAUCCGCCAGGGAGAGUGCUACGUGCUGGUGAAGAAGACCAAUGAGGACUGGUGGCAGGUCAGGAAGGAGGAGGGCAUGAAGGCCUUUUAUGUGCCGGCGCAGUACGUCAGGGAGGUGCGCCGGGCGCUCAUGCCCCCCCAGAAGCCCACCUUGAGGGCCAAGCCCACCGUUUUGGAUAUCUGCCGGGCAUCCAAUGAAAACCUCAACAGACCCCAGCCGGAAAUGUCCAGCUUUGGGCGGCCGUCACCUUCCUCCACCCCGUCGCCGUCCUCUGAUCGCGUCACACCACCGGUUCUGUCCAAGGAUGCCAACCAGAACCUGGGGAGUCCCCAUCACUGCAAGGUGGUAGCUGAGCUGGUACUUCUUCACAACAACAACAACCAUCACCACGCCAACAAUUCCACGUUGCCAAGGACACGGGCAGACUCGCCUCCGCUCAAAGUGGGGAAUAACCACAACAAAAGUCCAGACAGUGACAAGACGUCCCCACCAAGCGACCUGCGGGGAGAUCGACUGAACAAGCUCCACAACGACUCGGAGUCUGGGGAUGAGCUGAGCAGCAGCUCAACAGAACACAUGCAGACAACAUCACCUACAGGUCCGGGCCGGUCCGACUCGCCGGUCUACACCAACCUGCAGGAGCUGAAGAUCUCUCAGUCCAGCUUGCCGCCCGUCCCCUCCAGCUCCCCGCUCCACAUCUUGGGCGACUGGGAGACCCACAAAGACCUGAGUGGCAGGCAUUUCUAUUACAACCGCGCCAGCGGAGAGCGGACCUGGAAGCCCCCGCGCACCAGGGACGCCAGCAGCAGCACCAGCAGUAUCCGAGGAGACAGCCAGGGCACAGCGGAGAGUGAGCCGCUGUCCUCCGAGGAAAACUGUCACAGCACCAACUCGAGUCAGUCUGACAGCCAGUACGGGUCCUCCCCGAGAGGCUGGUCUGAGGAGCUGGAUGAACAUGGACACACUCUCUACGUCUCUGAAUACACACAGGAGAAGUGGAUCAAACAUGUGGAUGAACAAGGUCGGCCCUACUACUACAGCGCCGAUGGAUCCAGGUCAGAAUGGGAACUGCCCAAGUACAACAUGUCCCCUCAGUCCGGCGAGGUUCCCAAGAGUCGCAGUCUGGAGAGGAAGCAGCAGGAUCCCAUCGUCCUCACCAAGUGGAGACACAGCACCUACGUCUUAGACCUCAACGACAAGUUCUCUUUCAAACUCCGGCGGUUCACUUCCGACUCUUACAGGAGGAGAUUCCAUCUCUCUCUUUGCCGUGAUAAAGAGUGUGCUCCAGUGCCCAAGCAGAGCUCUCCAGACUCUGACUCCUGCCCUUCAUCUCCUAAGCACCCCUCGACCCCCUCGGAGAAGUGUGGAGUCCUCAAUGUCACCAAAAUCACAGAGAAUGGAAAGAAAGUCAGGAAGAACUGGACCUCCUCGUGGACAGUGCUGCAGGGUUCCUCCCUGCUCUUCGCAAAGGGUCAGGGGGCCAGCACCAGCUGGUCGUACUACCGCAGUGGCUCCAUCCCUGAGCUGCUCCUCACUCUCCUUAGCAACUGGAAGCGCUCAGUCAAGCCCCGUCCUGCUGUCUCCUAUGUGAACUGUAGUCCUGUGCAGGCUGCCGCUAAGUUUGGGAGCAACCAGUCAAAGCCCGAGUUCACUGUUGAUCUGCGAGGGGGGUCGGUGGAUUGGGCAUCCAAGGACAAGUCCAGCAAGAAACACGUCAUCGAGCUGAAGACUCGUCAAGGGACAGAGCUGCUGAUCCAGUCAGAGAUCGACAGCGUCAUCAACGACUGGUACCGGGCCCUCACAGAGACCAUUAGCACACAUGCCUGGGAGUCAGACGAGGCCAUUGAGGAGGACAUGCCCGAGUCUCCAGGAGCUGAGAAACAGGACAAGGAGAAGGACCACCGGGACUCCAAGAAGAACAGAGUGAUGAAGACGUCUGUGAGUAUGGACUCAUCAGACCAGAAGAAAACCAGGUUGAAGCUCAAGAAGUUCCUGACCCGUCGACCCACCUAUCAGGCUGUCCGAGACAAGGGAUACAUCAAAGAUCAGGUGUUUGGCUGCAGCCUGAGCAGUCUGUGCCAGCGGGAGAACACAUCAGUACCCAACUUUGUCACAAUGUGUAUCGACCAUGUGGAGAACACAGGUCUCAGUAUUGACGGCUUAUACAGAGUGAGCGGGAACCUGGCAGUGAUCCAGAAGCUCCGCUUUGCUGUAAAUCAUGAUGAGAAGGUGGAUCUGAAUGACAGUAAGUGGGAGGACAUCCACGUCACCACGGGAGCUCUCAAGAUGUUCUUCAGGGAGCUUCCCGAGCCUCUCUUCACAUACGGGUCCUUCGACGACUUUGUUGACGCCAUCAAAUGCUCCGACUACAAGCAGCGAGUGAAUUCGAUCAAAGACUUAAUAAAGAAGUUGCCAAAACCAAACCACGACACAAUGCAAGGCCUCUUUAAACACCUGCGGAGGGUGAUUGACCACGGGGAGGCCAACCGCAUGACCACCCAGAGCGUGGCCAUUGUGUUCGGACCCACGCUGCUCCGGCCCGAGACCGAGACGGGCAACAUCGCGGUCCACAUGGUCUACCAGAACCAGAUAGUGGAGCUCAUACUGCUCGAGUACGAAAGCAUCUUCGGCAGGUAGAAGGCACCCGCUCAAAACAGGGAUGCUGGGCUUUUUCAAAACACAGACUUCUUUCCCUCUCUCUCUCUCUCUCUCUCUCUCUCUCUCUCUCUCUCUCUCUCUCUCUCUCUCUCUCUCUCUCUCUCUCUCCCUUUUCUUUGACUGAACUGAACAUUGCUGUGGACCAAGCAGUUGUGGGAGAAAAACAAAUCUAAUUUAACGUUUAUUGACAGGACAGUUUAUGGAAGUGUUGCACUUAUAGUUUUGGAGAUAAAAAAAAAAAAAAAAAAAAAGGUGUACAGAUUUCACCCACUUUUUCAGUUGCCAUUCCUGCGUCGAGUAGCAGGCCAGACAACGGACAGUGUUUCAGAGUGAUGGCGUGUGGACGUCCGUCUGAUUUGGUGGAUUCGAGCAUUCAGGUGUGUUCACAUACACUGGAUCCCUGUGGCCAGUAAUUUCGAACGGUGGAACUCUUCUCCUUCUGGUGGAAGCCGAACAGACUUUGGCUUUGGAUCGGGGGGGGGCAUGGCAUUAACCAGCCAAACCGGCAACCUCAUCACCUCUCUGAAGGAUAUGAGCUGAAUCUGAACUGAAGAGGUUCUUCUGUGUUGUGGAGCUUUGUCUGUGAUGUAUAAGCCCUGUGUGGUUAUGGUUCAGGUGGGAAAAAAAUAAUAAUCAGUGUUAUGUUAACAGACUGUCUUUUGGCACUUGGAUGAACUGGAUCGUGUUCCCAACUUACCUUAGCGACACCAACACCCCCCCCAUCCCCCCCCACACCACCACCACCACCCACUUCCCCCCCUUUUAGCCAGUGUUAACCAUUAACCCUGUGACAUGAGCGUCCUGUGACUUGAAUGAUGGAGGACAAGCCCUCUGUUUGUUUGUUUGUUUGUUUGUUUGUGUGUGUGUGUGUGUGUGUGUGUGUGAGUGUGAGUGAAUUAACCUAAAUGGAAUAAAACCUGAGCAGAAGCAUCCUUGUCUUGCCACUUUGUACAAACUGUGUGUUGUGUAGUCUUUGGUCAAGUUUCCGUUAAGCUGCCGGUGGUCAUCGUCUUAUCAACUCAACAACAAUCAAAUUGGUUUCUUCAGUGGCAGGAAACGUCACCGAGGUCCUGGCGUUACUGGAAAAAAAACAAAGUGGAUUUGUGGGGACUGCAAUGUUACCAAUUUUUACAUUAAUUGUCUUUGACUGUCGGUUUGAUGACCCUUCUCUUCACCUAAGCUAAUAUUAAAGAGUAUUCAGAGAAGGGAAAACGGUACUGAAAAUAUUUCAAAGGUUGAUGAAUGGGGAGCGUAUGGUUGUUAAAAUGCAAAGGAGAGCCUUUAAAAAAACCUUUCAGAGCAUAUUUACAGUGACGGAAACUAGUUGUUAAAAUGUGUUAUAGUGACUGAGGUAUGUAUGCUUUGAUGGUGAACUAGUGAAAGAUGAUUUAGAUUUUUUGUAAAUUUGAAUUAAAACGUGACAAUACACGGAUUGUGGAGAAAAAAACACACGAUCGACUUACUUUUGUUUGAAGGUGUAUCUGGAGUGUUUGCGCAUGGUCAGCUGCACAUUUUGAAUGUAAUUUUCAGGCUAACUGCUGUUUGUGAAACUGCUACGUCUAAUAAAAAAGACAAACUAAA